AACAUGUCGUCGGACACCGAUGCACACUUUAAAUACUAUCAAUUCGAACCCUCUUUAGCUGGAGCAUCUGUCUUUGCGAUUGUGUUCGGAGUGCUUACUAUUUGGCAUUUGGUACUGAUUGCGAAGCAUAGGACCUGGUACUUCAUUCCUAUACUCAUCGGUGGGGUCUGUGAGUACUUUACUUCUUGCCUUUUUGGUUCGCGAAAUCCGACCCUUUGCCCUUAUGUUAUUCAGACCCUUCUCCUGCUCGUCGCUCCAGCGCUCUUUGCUCCCACCAUGUACAUGAUACUGGGCCGUAUAACUAUCAGUGUGGGUGGUGAAAGCAAUGGUCUAGUCAAGACAAGAUGGCUGACUAAGGUUUUCGAGACAAGCGAUGUGCUUUCCUUCUUUCUUCAACUAGGUAGCGGUGGACUGAUGGCUAGCAGCAAAGCUUCAACGGCGAGGCUAGGCUCUCGAAUCGUCUUAGGGGGCUGCUGCUCCAGAUCAUACUCUUUGGUUUCUCCGUGGCUGUUGCGCUAGUGUUUCGUCGUCGAGUACGUGCCAUGCCGACCAGAUUAUCCCAGCACCCUUCAAUACCUUGGGAGAUGUCUUUACAUAUAUUGUACAUCACCAGCGCUUUCAUCAUAUCUCGAUCGAUUGUCCGGGUAGCGGAAUUUAUCGAGGGUUUCGAGGGAACAAUUAUUUAACACGAGAUCUAUCUCUAUUUGUUCGAUGCAGUACGAAUGGCAGCAAUGAUGGUGGUCUACAAC